AUGAGGCUAUGGCUAAGAGGACUGGUCCUCCAGGCUCUGAGAAAUGCCUGGGGCAUCUGUGCGUCUCAUGGGCAGCUGCCGCCUCUAUCUGUCUCUCAGAAGAUUGUGGCCACCUGGGAAGUCAUCAGCCUGGGCAGGCAGCCAGUGCCUGAGUACUUCAACUUUGCCCAUGACGUGCUGGACGUGUGGAGUCAGCUGGAAAGGGCUGGGCACCGGCCCCCAAUCCCUGCCUUCUGGUGGGUCAAUGGCAUGGGAGCAGAGGUCAAGGGGAGCCUUGAGGAGUUGGGGGAGCAGUCCAGGAAGGCAGCUAACGUGCUGGGGGGCACGUGUGGCCUGCAGCCUGGAGACAGAAUAAUACUGGUGCUCUCUCAGCUCCCGGAGUGGCGGCUGGUCAGUGUGGCUUGUAUGCAGACAGGGGCCGUCAUGAUUCCCGGCAUCUCUCAGCUGACAGAGAAGGACCUCAAAUUCUGGCUGCAGACACCCAGGGCUAAGUCCAUUAUCACCAGUGAAUCCCUGGCUCCAAGGGUGGACGCCAUUAGCGCCAGUGGCCCCUCCCUCCAAACCAAGCUGCUUGUGUCAGACAGCAGUGAGUCAUUUAACCAUUUUGAGCCUCAAUUUCCUUAUCUGCAAAGGGUUAUAAGAGAGGCGUCCACAGAGCACAACUGUGCGAGGACCAGGAGUCAAGACCCACCGGCUGUCUACGUCAUAAGCGGCACGACUGGGGCCCCCAGGAUGGUUGAGCACGGCCAGGCCAACUAUGGACUGAGUUUUGUGGCCAGUGGAAGGUACCAGGGGACAGCUCAUCUAGGCAAUUCUGAGAAGACAGCAACAUCAGAGCGAGGGGACUUCUACAUCACAGGGGACUGAGCCCACAUGGACAAGGAUGGCUACUUUUGGUUCAUGGGAAGGAAUAAUGAUGUGAUCAAUUCCUCAAGCUACCGGAUUGGGCCCGUUGAAGUGGGGAGUGCACUUGCUGAGCACCCAGCCGUCCUGGAGUCUGCUGUGGUCGCAAGCAGCCUGGACCCCAUCAGAGGGGAGGUGGUAAAGGCAUUUAUAGUCCUUUCUCCAGCCUAAUCCUCACAUGAUCCAGAGAAACUAACCCAGGAGCUCCAGGAGCACGUGAAAAGGGUGACUGCUCUGUACAAGUACCCCAGGAAAGGUUGCAGGGAUCCUGGAGUUAUCUGCUUGAUUAGCUGUGCCCUCCUCCAAGGCUGCAGGAGUUCUGGCACUGUCUUCUCAGGAGGGAGUAGACCAAGAGAUCUCCAGAGAGACCUCCUGAAAAGACUUGGCAGGUUUGAACGUGCAUUGGCUGCAGAAACUCCAGGGGCUUUGCAUCCUAUGGGGAACUCAGAUAUCCAGUCGCACUGUCCACAUUCAUACCAGGCAACUGGCAUCGCUGCCAUGGGGCCACCAGGAAAUUCCUGCCAAAUUUAACUUUGCUAGUGAUGUGAUAAAUCACUGGGCUGGCAUGGAGAAGGUAAUGGGGCAGAGAAGAGGCACAGAGUUGGAAAAUUUGGCUGAGUUCACUAAUUCAUCCAUUCAUUCAAUAAAUAUGUAUUGAGCAAUUA